GUUACCGUAACUGAUAAGAAGUGAAUUUUAUCUAUACUUGUUGUUAGUUUGUUGUGUUUUGAUUCAAUCCAAUUACCACGGCUUGUGCGAACGAAAAACAACGAAAAUUGAUUUGGCAGCCAUUGCAGAUCGGCUUAGCACGCUGCUGGAGAUGGCGCUCCAAAUAGCGCAGAACAACCGCGACGGCCAGCAGCUGGUGGGCGCUGAUCAGGGAAAGGUGGAGGUGUACGUGCUGUUUGCGAACACCACCUACCGCACCCUGGAUCUGUACUGGGUGUGCGAGCGGGAUCGGGAGAACAUGUACCUUACCCUCAAGCCCUUCGAGGAGGUGCGCGUGAACACGUUUACCACGCACAGCUGGCUGUUCCGGGAUUACUACACGGGCGAACGGAUGCACGUACGCUCACAGAGGAUCUUUCAGCCGAUACGGGUGCGGGUGCCAAAGAACCAGCAGAGUCCGGAUCAGCUGGUUGAUGUGCGCAGCGAAGUGCUGAUCCACUUUCCGAUGAGAUCGCUGCGCGAAAACUGCCUCUGGCUGGUCGCCCGCUGGCUGAUUCGGACAAGCAACGCGCCACGAAGGAUUAUCCACGGAUACCACAUACCCUCGACGCUGAAGCAACAGCUGCUCAGCCUGCUGACCUGCAUCGAGUCCUAUUCCCGAGUGGCGGGCACCCGACGUCGGCGUUAGGAGCGCACUCCUAGUUAGUUAAGAGGGCGGGUAAUCAUCUUAGGGACUGAGAGACAGGCUUGAUUUCCAAAUAAUUUAAUAACUUUAAUUGAUUUUCAUCCUGGUUUUCGAUUUUCGCUUAUUACUUAUGUACAAAUUGGCUUGCAUAGAGCUCUUUACAAGUGGGGCUACUACCAUUGCAUUGAUUUUUCUGUAUAUUUAACAGAUUUCUUAUACCUAUGUAUGUACUAUGUAAAUAAUUAUGUAUAAACCUAAUGUGAAACAAGUGUGAAUAUUACAUACAUACAUAUAUGCGCAAUACUCUAGGUCUAGUUGCUUCAGAUGCAAAUACGAUUUAAUGGUAUGUCUGCAGUUACUCCUUUGCAAUGCUUAUCUACGUGUGUCGCAAGCUUAAUUGUUAUAAGUCUGAAUCUGAAGUACAUAUUUAUUCCUAACGAGAAGUGAACAAACAAAAGUACUCCGGUGCACUUUUAAAUUUAAAGUUAACGCUCGUACAGAUUCUCCUUGAAUGUGUUUGUGUUUGUCAACGAGACGAAUCGCAAGUUAACUCAAAUAUAUUGCAAAAUCAACUUAUAAAAAUAUAAAUUGUUAAUCGA